AUGUGCUCGACCGGCGCACAGGCCGCCGCCAACUCGCCCCUCGACAUCCUCAACGCCGGCAACGCCAUCCGCUCUGGCGGCCGCUCAAAGGUCCUCACCCGCGCUCCUCUCGCUCGCGGUUACGCCACCCCGGUCGAUGCGCCUCAGGGCGACUAUGCGUUCGAGGUCGCAGCGAGCAACCUGCGCUUUGGCGAGGGCGUUACUCGCGAGAUCGGCAUGGACUUUGCCAACAUGAAGGCGCGCAAGGUCGGCGUCUUUACCGACUCGACCCUCGCCAAGCUCCUCCCCAUGCAGAUGGCCCUCGAGUCGCUCGACGCCAACAACGUCAGCUACGAGGUGUUUGACCGCACGCGCGUCGAGCCCAACCAGGAGUCCUGGGAGGAGGCCAUCACGUUCGCCAAGAAGCACGACUUCUCGCACUUCCUGGCCGUCGGCGGCGGCUCUGUCAUCGACACCGCUAAAGUCGCCAACCUCUUCACGGUCUACCCGGACGCCGACCUGUACGACUUUAUCAACGCGCCCAUCGGCAAGGGCAAGCCGAUCGAGAAGACGCUCCGCCCCCUCAUCGCUGUGCCCACCACGGCAGGAACCGGCAGUGAGACGACUGGUACCGCCAUUGCCGACCUUCCUCACCUGUCCGCCAAGACCGGCAUCGCCUCUCGCGCUAUGCGCCCGCUCCUCGGCAUCGUCGACCCGCUCAACACCGACUCGUGCCCGCGCGAGGUCCACAUCUCGUCCGGCCUCGACGUCCUCUUCCACGCGCUCGAGAGCUGGACCGCCAUCCCGUACACGGAGCGCGUCCCGAGGCCGUCGAACCCGAUCCUGCGCCCGGCGUACCAGGGCCGCAACCCCGUCGCCGACAUCUUCUCCGAGUGGGCCCUGCGUCAGACGAUCAUCAACCUCCCGAGGGUCGCUCGCGACGGCAACGACCGCGAGGCCAAGGCGAGCAUGCUCCUCGCGUCGACCUUUGCCGGCAUUGGCUUCGGCAACGCCGGCGUCCACCUCGCGCACGGCAUCUCGUACCCCGUCUCGGGCCUGAACAAGAAGAAGGGCAAGUGGCAGCACCCGGGCUACGAGGUCAACCACCCGAUCGUCCCUCACGGUAUCUCGGUCGCGCUCGCGGGCCCGUCCAUCUUCCGCUUCACGGCGCCGACCGACCCGGCCCGCCACCGUCAGGUUGCCAACAUCUUUGAGGAGCUCGCCGAGCCGCACGCCAAGGACCACAUCGACACGUCGCGCGUGUCGGACGCCGACCUCGGCCAGCUCCUGUUUGACCGCAUCGCGCGCUUCCUCGUCAACCUCGACGUGCCGCGCGGCCUCAAGGCGAUCGGGUACGGCACGGGCGACGUCAGCGACCUCGUCGAGGGGACGCUGCCGCAGAGGCGUGUGCUCGACCUUGCCCCUGGCUUCAAGGGCAGCGACGGCCGCGAGGAGCUGGCGCACAUCAUCGAGGGUGCCAUGGAGUUCUGAGCUCGUCUCGUCUCGCCUCGUCACGUACCAUAGCCGUCUUGUACUGCAAAGAAGUAUCUCACCGAG